AUGAUCGCCAACUUUCUAGAGAAAAAAUACAGGAACUUGAUAGACAAGGCACAAGAACAUGGAAAAAGUUAUGAACAAAAUUCUGAAGACUCACAGGAAGAAGUUGACCCUGAUCUUCCAAAUGAAGACCUAAACCAGCAUAAGAAUUGGAAAUUGCUCAAUGAUGAAGAUUGUGGUCUCAGUAUAAGUGAUAGGAUAGUUGGAGGAAAAAAUGCCAGUCUAGGACAAUAUCCUUGGAUUGCAAGAUUAGGAUAUGCAAAAAAGAUUUUGUAUCCUGAUAUGUACGAUUAUUCUGAUGCUGAAUAUUUGGAUGAAAAUAAAGUGCUGGUUUUCGAAUGCGGUGCUUCUUUAAUAAGUGAUUUAUAUGUUGUUUCUGCAGCACAUUGUGUGGUGGGCCUGCCUUCUUCAAUAACAUUAGCGCGAGUCAGACUCGGCGAACAUAAUGAUCAAUCGGGUAUAGAUUGCGAGGACGAUGUUUGCGCAGAACCUGUCCAAGAUUUCGAUCCUGUGAAAAUAAUUCCACAUCCAGAAUACAAAGACGAACUAUUUAAACAUGAUAUAGCUCUGAUAAAAUUGGAUAGAAAAUAUAAUAAAAAUGGUUGGGUGUAUCCAAUUUGUACAAUUAGUGGAGACUUGAUUUUCAAGGACUAUGUGGGGACUUAUGCAGAAGUUGCUGGAUGGGGCUUUACAGAUCGAGACUCAGAAGUACUUGCACAUGUAUUGCAAACAAUUCAGUUGCCAAUUGUUGAAAAUGAGCAAUGUAACAAGGCAUAUAAAAAAACAACAACCAUAGGAAUUUCUCAAAUGUGCGUUGGUGGAGUUGUUGGAAUGGAUUCUUGUGGAGGUGAUUCUGGAGGUCCAUUGCAAAAGGUAGAUUUCAUAGGAGAUCAACCACCUAGAUAUUACCUCAUAGGAAUUGUUUCUUUUGGGCCAAAAUAUUGUGGUACUGAAAAACCAGCAGUUUAUACAAGAGUCGCAAAUUUUUUGCCCUGGAUUUUGGACAAUAUAGAUCCACACUUUUAA